CGGUAAAACAUGGACGCUACAUCCAAGCGCUGUCAGUGAAGCUUGUUGGGAUAACUCAGUGCUUCUCUGGUCUGUGUUACAUCAGUAUUGAUCAUGAUCACCCCUGCGUUUGACCUGAGCCAAGAUCCCGAGUACCUGAUCGUCAGCAUCCGCGUACCCUACACCAGAACCUCAGAGUUUGACCUCUACAUUGAUGGAACAGAUUUCAAGUUCUAUGCUAAGCCCUACUUCCUCAGAUUAUCUCUUCCUGGAAGAAUUGUGGAGGAUGGGAGAGAAAAGGCCACAUUUGACAUUGACAAAGGUCUCUUCACUCUUCGGGUCCCUAAGGAAACAGCUGGAGAGCACUUUGAAGAACUACAGAUGCUGACAAGUCUCCUCGCACCAAAAGGCUCCCGUUCUGCAAAACCGUUGAUAGAGGACUUAAGCGCAGGAUGCAGUGAAAACGUGGGAGAGGAUGAGGAUGAAGAUGAGGAAGAAUUUGACUGGCAGGUUGAGCAGGAGGUGUUCAAGGAGAGCACUGAGGAGGAGCUGAGAGCCCAGCAGAAGUAUGGUUUUGGCAAUCAGAGGUCUGGAGUGUUUGCAAGAUUACAGGAGGAACUGAGCGAUGUGACUGAUGUCAAGAACCCAGAAGGAACUUCAGCAGCAGAGAGGAGGCAGGCACGGCUGGACGCAGAGGCAUCUGCUUUUUCUCCUGACCACUACCUGGCGGAUUUGUUUGAGAAUGAUGAGAUAAAGGGGCUUCUGAAGUUUAGGCCAUGGUGGGCAAAGCUGAGUCCUUCUACUGAGCAGGGGGGAGAAGCUGCUGUAUCAUUCACCGAUGAUGAGAAGGAGCAGCUGAGAAAAUUCACCAACCGCUCCUACCUGCUGGACAAGACGUCCCGUUACCAAGUGUGGCUCAGUCUUGUGGACAUCCUGCUGGCUUAUUCUUAUGAAGUUCGCUCUACAGAGGGAGAGCACAAUGUAGAGUCACCGUGGACUAUCCGAAAACUCAGCGGGACUCUCUGCUGGCUGGAGACGUACAGCUCCUUACAAGAUGUCCUGGUGUCAUUUGGACGGAGGGUUUUGUGCUACCCUCUGUACAGACACUUUGCCAUGGCCUCUGCGGCUAUUCGUGACACAACUAAGAUUUUGCAGUCAGGGAAAGCCUGUGUCCUCAAAUGCCUGCUGGAUAUUCACAAAGUCUUCAGAGAGAACGACCCGGCCUACAUACUGAACGAUCUGUACAUCACAGACUACUGCAUCUGGAUCCAGAGGGUCAAGUCCAAGAAGAUGACAGCCUUGGUCGCGACAUUAAACAAAGCCUCCCUGCGGAAAAAAGACUUGAAGCUGGAUCUUGAGGAGCUAGAGGAGGCAGCGACAAUGGUGGUAGAAGAAGAAGAGCAGGGACCUUCCGAGAGCGCUCCGAUAUCCCGCGAUGACUGCAGCAGCUCUUGCAGUGACAGCAGCAGCAGCAGCAGCAGCAGCAGCGACUCGUCUGAUGAGAGUGAGGAAUCUGAGGGAGGAGGAGGAGGAGAGAUGUCUAAGGACAACCCUCCACAGCCCCAUUCCACCUCCUCUGCCUCUCUCAUCCCCCAGGAGCCCUCAAGCACACUCUGCUCAGCGGAGAGGAAAGUGGACGCCCCCUCAGCCACAGAAGGCUCCAGGCAGCUGAUCCAGGAGCUAGGGGAACGGGUGGCAGAGGAGUUACAAAUCUCUCAAGACUCCAGCUACAAAGCAGAGAGCAACUGUUCACAGCUGAACAGCGCUGCAGCAAAAACUGAAGUAACAUCUGGGAGGAGCAGCAGUGGGACUUUGUUAGAGCCGAGCCCUCGCAGGAACCCUCUGCUCAUCGUCCAAACACGGCAAGAUCUUGAUGAGAGUGACUUCAUCUGCUGAUAGAACAUUUUGUGGAACCUGAAAGCCACUUACUGAAUGAAUUCUGAACUGUUAAUACCUCGGUGUAAGUGAUGAGAGAAAAUGUGUUUAGUUUUUAAUGAUUUCACUUCUGUUUUUGGAAUCUUCUUUUAUUGCUUUUCUUUGUGAUUCAAAGUUUUAGUGUUUAACCCUCUUCUAAAGGACUUUACUUGCCAUAAAGAAUUGUAUUUUUUUUUAUCUAUGAACUUGCUAAACCUCAUUAAAAUCCUGAUUUCACAAUUCAAUGGUUGUUUACUGAGCAUGUGUAUGCUUUUAGUUAUUCCUUAUUUUAGUAGUUGGUAGAAGAAAUAGAUGCAGCCCACUCUUCUGUCUUGCCUUGUGUUAUCGUGCUACUGCUGCUCUAUCAAAGCUGCCUGCAUGCUAUACAAACAUAUUCUUAACAGCUAAAAAAAACAGUUGUACAGUUUUUUGUUGAUUUUAUGGGUAAUUUCUGCUCUUCUUUAAUCAUUGGAAAUAAUUCAAGCUCAUCACUGAAACUGAAAUCUGCUAAAGUUCUCUACUACCAUUGUAUAUUUCCAUACUCAUAUUGACAAAAAACAGCCUGUAUAUCCACGUUGUGCUCCAAUAAACAAACAUUUGUCAUUGUU